CCUGGUUUUUCUCCGUCUCGUCUCGUCGAGGCGGCGAGAUCCGCUUGUGCCGCCGCCGCCGCGCGCUCGCGGGAGUUCGUUACGACGGCUACUUACUUACUACCCCCACCGCCGCCACCACCACUAGCAGCACAGCAGCCGCGCCGCGACGCGACGAUGCCUGCCACCACCACCCCUGCCUGACGCUGCCGACGAUGGCCGCGGGGACUGCUGCUGGGUGGGUGGUGCCGGACGGCCGGGACGGCUUCGUCGCCUGGCUGCGCGGCGAGUUCGCGGCCGCCAACGCCAUCAUCGACCUCCUCCUGGACCACCUCCGCGGCCUGGCGGGGGAUCCCGCCGCCGCCCCCGUCGCCGCCGCCGUCCACCGCAGGCGCCUCCAGUGGCCGCCCGUCAUCCACCUUCAGUAUUACUUCCCCGUCAACGAGGUCGCGCUCGCGCUGCAGCACGCCUCCGCGCGCCGCCCGGCCACCGCAGAGAGAGAUGAUGGGGAUGUGAAGGAAGGCAAGACACUGGCUGAACAAACUCAAAAUUCUCAGUUGCAUUCUCACAUUUCACGUACUACAGAAGCCCAGCCUCAGAAAGGACUUCUUGUAAACAGUAAUGUGACUACCGUCCCAACUGGCUUUGUGGUUAACGAAGUAAUUGAUGGCAGGACGGUGAAUGUUCUAGAGGGGCUUAAGUUGUAUAAAGGGUUUAUAGAUGUUGGUGAGAUAGAAAAGAUUCUUUCUUUUGCAAAUGAAGCAAAAACUAAGAGGCACGAAGCAGUAUUAGAAGCAGGACAAACAGUUGUAGUUGCCAAAAGGCCAAUGAAGGGUCAUGGAAGAGAAAUUAUUCAACUUGGACUUCCUAUCACUGGAGGCCCUCCUGAAGAUGCACAACUAAGAGAUGUAAAAGUGGAUCCUAUUCCUGGUGUGCUUCAAGAUCUGUUUGAUCGCUUGGUUCAUCAGAAGGUUGUCCCUUCCAAUCCAGAUUACUGUGUUAUUGACUUCUUCGGUGAGGGGGAUUAUUCUCACCCUCAUCAUCCUCCUCCUUGGUAUGGUAGACCUGUCUGCACACUGUGCCUGACUGAUUGCGACAUGGUGUUUGGCCAUGUUAUUGCUGCAGAUAGCCGAGGGGAUCAUGUAGGUCCUCUGAAGCUCUCGCUCACAACAGGGUCUGUUCUUGUUUUUGAGGGAAAAAGUGCUGAUAUAGCGAAGCGAGCACUGCCUGCUACUUGUAAGCAGCGUGUCCUACUAAGUUUUGGAAAGUCUGUGUCAAGGAAGCAUGUUCAACCGGAAAGCAGCUUGCUUAUCACUCCACCAUUGACACCUCCUCCAAUGCCAUGGGGUGCACCCUUGAGGCCAGGGAACAUAGCAAUUCAUCCCCUGAGUCCUACACAUCUUGUCUACGACCCUACCAAUAGAGCACCCACAGAUUCAACCCCUGCACUUCAUCAGAUCCCAUCCAACAGCAUGCACACAGUUUUCCUUGCGCCGGCUCCUGUCAUCCCAAAAGCUGUUCCAUUUGGAUCGGCUGUUACAUUGACCAACACUGGAGCUACAUGGAUGGCAGAAGCAGCUCCAAGGCCUGCUUCACCUCGAUUACCUUUUCAGGGUACAGGGGUCUUUCUUCCUCCUGGUGCAGGAAAUCCAUCUCCAGCUCAGAAGCUGGGAGUUAAACACGCUGAUGCUAAACCAUUUUUUCCACAAGAACCAUCUGCUUCAUCUGGUGUAAGCGCUCGUGUACACAAGACUAAUGAUAGUGUUUGUUCCAAACCAACAAGGGAUGACGAUAUGAUUAAACCUAAGCCAGUGUCCAAUGGGAGUUCAGGUGGGAGCAGUUCUGUUAUGCAUGACAAGGCAACUGGAAAUACUGAGGAACAGAAUGCUGUGGCGAAGUAGACAAGGCAACUGGAAAUGUUACCAGAGUUUCCAAUUACUACCUAAAAUCUAGAGUUCUAUGUUCUUGGCAAAAGUCAAGAGCAAGCAAUUUUAUCUGCUCACCACACUAUUUUACCUCCGGUGGCGUCAUUAGAGCAGGGAGACCAACUAUGACGCUUUUUUCCGUCAAAAGUUUAUGAACCAACUUUCGUAUGUUAUUGGCUUCCCAUUUGCUCAUAAAAUGCAAUUAGAGGAGAAAUCAGAAGAAAUUUUGGUCUGACGCUACAUUCCAUCUCUUCUACAUACCGGAUCUGAAUUUGCAUCUUACUGUGGAUAUUCUCGGUUA